AUGGAAUCUUUGGCAACAACCAUUCGUUUCGUCACGCUGAACUGCCGAACACUAUCGAGUGAACUCCAACAAGCCGCUCUAUCCAAACUUCUGCGAUAUCUCUGUGUGCCUUUUGUUGCACUGCAGGAAACACGCAUGAGAGAUCAUCCGUCAUCAGCAUCGAAAAUUACACCUGCCCGCGCACCUAUUGAAACCGCUGAGGACAACAGUAAGGACGCCUUCUAUGAUGAACUCGAUGCGUUGAUGUCUAAAAUACCAAGCCAGCAGGUGGUCAUUGUCGGAAUCGACGCAAAUGCGAAGAUGGGACUCGAACAGCAAUCCGAUGUGCUAGGAAAAUGGUACUAUGCAGCGGAGCGCACGUCGGACAACGGUGACCGUCUGGUCGACUUGUGCGAACAGACGGGCCUCAUCAUCGCUUCCACGUUUAAGAGGAAUCAUCGACGCCAUCAGCUCACGUGGCAGGGGUCAACCCUUUUAACGCCUGAAGAGCAGCGCAAGCGGAAGAUGAGGACUCUUAAACUUCAGCUCGACUACGUUCUGGCGAGGAGCAUUCCUCAGUCAGAUAUCCGAAAAUCUAGAGCUGUUUGGGACGUUGCGUUCGACUCUGACCACCGUCCAGUUCUUCUCAGCUUCAAGAUACGGUUCCACAAGAGAAACCGAGGAGUUCCUCUUCAACCGAAAAUCCACAUGGCAGGUCUGAAAGACGAUGAAUGCAGAAGAAAAUUCCGCCAACGUGUGUCUAUUCAUGUUGGAGUACGGACCAGGAAGAAGCUAAGCGAUGCGGAUUCCUUCACAAACGCUGGUGACUUCAACCAGGAAAAGCGUCUUAGAAGGAAACUGCGUCGUCAACUGCAACAAGACCGCGAUAACGAGUGGACGUUAAGAGCGAUGGAGUUUGAGAAGGCGUGGGAGGACAGGAACCCGCGGAAAGCCUAUGCUCUACUAAAACACGGUAUUCAACUAGCGUUUCUGGACUUUGAAGCCGCGUUCGACUCUCCUCACCGAGGCCGUCUUCUCAACGCACUUCGCGCCGAUGGAGUACCAGGAAAGUUCGUUCGCUUGCUUGAUGACAUGAAUCAACGAACAACUGCUGCAGUUCGAACACCAGCCGGAUGUACAACACCGUUUGAAGUGGUAACUGGAGUAAGACAAAGAGCAGUGGCAGGACCUUUCCUGUUCAAUUUGGCAAUCGACGACAUUAUGCGAAGAACAGUCGACCAGUGUCCUGCCGACAUUGUCUUAGCACCAUCUGGGUGCCCCUUGACUGACCUCGAGUACGCCGACGAUGUCGUUAUAUUCGCGGAAAGCAGUACGAAACUUCAACAUGUUGUCAACCUUGUAUCGAAGCUGGCUGCAGCCUACGGACUACGCCUACGCCCUGAUAAAUGCAAGCAGAUGUAG